AUCAGCAAACUAUGUCAGAGAAGAGGAACCUCUGUUGCUGGGCAGGACUCUGAAUGGGGCCGCUGGUCUUCUGGCCAACAAGCUGGGAGCUGUGGCCUGAUUGCCGUGUGACACUGAACCCAGGUCCUAACUCCUGGAGGGACUCUAGAAGGAAGAAGGAGAAGAGGUGUGGAAACAAGACAUCUGCCUGGGUCGCUCGUGAUCAAAGCCAAGGCAAUGUCAUCGUUGGUGAAAGAGGACCUCAACAAGAAGCUGUUCAAAUCCCUUGGGCAAAGGUUGUAUGAGUUCAUUGAAGUUGAGUGUUCGGGCAAGGAUCGCUUCUACCUUUGCGCUUCAGUAACAAAAGGUGAAGAAGUACAAAUAACUAUGGUGAAACACUUUAGAAUAGGCCUUGAUGAGAAUUAUGAAAUAUCUGAAAAAUGGUUUCUUGAUGAUUUGGAGAUGAUUGAUGGGAAAGAAGCUGAUACUGAUAAUCCGUGGUUUGAUAUGCAUUUCAAGAAAGUCUAUAGCUGGGAAGCUUAUAGCUGUGCAUCUAAAUACGCCUUUGCGCGGACAUUAAAUAAACUGAACGAGAUGUACCUCCAGAAGGACUUGAAGAUAGUCAACUUUGAUUUUACCUACAUAAAUGAUGGUUCACUCUGGUCAUCUAACAAUGGGGAUGACUGCUUAGUACUUAUGAGAAUCUGCUUCUAUGCAUCCAACCUUUUGUGUCUGUCUCUGUGCCCUCUGCCUGUCUGACUAUUAUCACUCUCUCCGGAUUUGGAUACAAUUUCAAAAUAAGGUUUUUAAAUAGUUCAAUUCCGUACUGUCAGGGUUUCGAUUUUUCAUAAACGGUUACAAUUUUUUAUAUAAAUUGUUCAUCUCAAAGAGAGAGUCUUGACAAUAUAGGUAUGUGCUUAAAUAUUUAUUUCCAACCACUUAUUUCACCAAAUUGAAACACAUAUUCAGGCUGCGUUCCUGUAAUCACGUAGCCCAUUGGACUCCAUGGUGAUUCCUCUGAAUAGACAUGUAUAAGAUUGCAAGAUAGCUACAGCUACACAAAACUGUAUGUUAGUUUUAUACCGGUCUAACUGGCCUGGCUUCUCCCAAAGAAACAUGGGAACUGUAGUCUGGCAUGUGUUGGUGCUUAAGGGGGCAAGGAGUUGUGUCCCGUCCCUUUGUUACUGUGCAUGCAAUAAACUGCAGUGGGCAGGAGCGGCAAAGACAAGUCGUGUUAUGCAUUUUUAUAAGAUGGUUUUCCAUUUCUGCCACCUCUGAUCUUUAGUAGCCUUAGAACACAAAGCAAACAAAUAUGCACAUUCCUACAAUAAAGGUAAAGGGACCCCUGACCGUUAGGUCCAGUCGUGGACAACUCUGGGGUUGCGGCGCUCAUCUCGCUUUACUGGCCGAGGGAGCCGGCGUACAGCUUCCGGGUCAUGUGGCCAGCACGACUAAGCCGCUUCUGGCGAACCAGAGCAGCGCACGGAAACGCCGUUUACCUUCCCGCCGGAGCGGUACCUAUUUAUCUACUUGCACUUUGAUGUGCUUUCAAACUGCUAGGUUGGCAGGAGCAGGGACCGAGCAACGGGAGCUCACCCCGUUGCGGGGAUUCGAACCGCCGACCUUCUGAUCGGCAAGUCCUAGGCUCUGUGGUUUAACCCACAAUAUCACCCGCCUAUGCAAUUUGUGCCCGCCAAGCCAAGAUGGAACAGGCUCUUGCUGCCUAUAAAGAGAACAAACAAUGUGGCUUGUCCUGCACUUCUCAGACUCGAAGCAGAGCUAGUGAACAAUGUUCAGCUCUGCAGGUCACAAGUUGUGUGUGCUUUGACUACAACAAAAAUGAAUAAAUAAAUAAUCAGAAGAGUUGCACAGCAUGCGCUGGGAAUCAUGCAGUUCCAUUUGGAUUGCAACUAGUCAUGAGCAGUGGGUAUAAGUCUGGAUUUAUAUAAUGAUUAUACAUGUUUAAAGCACAUAGCUUCCCCAAAGAAUCAUGGGAACUGUAGU